AUGGCAGAAGAGAAAAGGAAACGGUUUGGUAACCUGGUGACGAAAGUAAAGGAUGUUCAGAGCAACGCUCUUUAUUACCGGAGGUUGUCCUGGUUCCUGUUCGGGGCGGAGAUGCCAAUGUUAACUGGUGGUUGUUUUCUUGAUGACGGGAGACUACUCCUGUCAGAUUAUAACAAUAAGAAACUUAUUUUGUUUGACGACAAUUAUAACUAUGUGCGACACAUUCCAGUCGACGGCUGGCCGUAUGACGUCACCAAGGGGAGCGGAGAAGGGGAAGUUUACGUUGUUCUCUGUAGAAGUAUGGUAUUACGCUGUCAGCUCAAUCAUGAGGACCUCGUAAUUAAAGACAAAAUAAGAGUGCCUGUAGACGUCCGGUGUAUGUCGGUAUUAAAUGACGUCAUAUUCGCAGGGUCAAGGUCAGCUGUUUCCAUGGUUACUUUGGAUGGCGUUACCAUAGAUACUAUACCCAAGACCGGUGGUAAUACGUAUAUAGCAACGUCGUCCCUACAACGGAAGUUCUUUCAUAAAGAUGGCGACAACAUCCUGUGUCGGACGCUUGAUGGAAAUGAAUUGUUUAGGUAUGAAAACAGCCGUCUUGUUGACCCGAGAGGAAUGUGUUUGGAUCACGAUGACAAUUUGUACGUUUGUGGAUAUAAAUCCCAGAACCUGAUUAAGAUAUCACCUGACGGACAGAAGGGCAGAGUAGUGCUAAACAGACUGCAUAAAAUAACUCGACCAAUGGCUAUUGUGUACCACCCAAAGAGACAACAGUUUAUUGUGACGUCAUACGGGGAGGAUAUAGCGUUUGAAGUGUACCAAAUCAGUUAUUAG